UCGAAAAAUAAAGAGCAUUCUACAAAUUGCCGGAGAAAAUUACACAAAAUGGAUUCGCGCGGUGAAGGAUCCACAGACGCUCCACCACAAUAUGCAGAACUCUCAAAAUAUCACGUGCCCUCCACAAGUCGGACUCCCGUUCCGACCCCUGAAUGGCAGCGUAUUCCAACGGUAGACUUUGAUACUUUCGAUGGCUUGUCGAAUCUGAAUAAGCCUUUGGACUAUCUAUCCCUGCAGGAGCGUCAUCGCACCAAGCUGACCAACCGUAAAAAAGUGUUGGCCUAUCAGCACAGCCACCACCAGCGGCUCGCAGAACUUUGGGCCGCGCAGCAGGCUGCCAAAUGCGAUACAUCCGGAGCUUAGAGCCAUCAGCGGCACUGUCCGUGUGCCCCUGGGUCUCUCUUUUUCGAUGGCGCAUGAGUGUCUCUACGUGUAGCCCGGGGCUGACGACAUUGAUUGAUGGCCGACAUGACACUCUCACUAGGACCAACUUAUGACCAACAGAUAGUGCGUAUUAUCUGGCAUCUCCCCUGCAAUAAUAACAACUAUUAGCAAACACACAAAAAUACACAAAAUAUAAUAAUAUAAAACCAUGCUGCUUCGCAACA